AUGCCAUCAGGUGAUCCCGUCAAUGUGACCCCUCAAUCCUCCUUGUCUUUCACGCAGGGCUUUCUGCUCGGCCAGCUCUCUGUUGUACUUCUGAUCGGCGCUUUCAUCAAGUUCUUCAUCUUUGGCGAACCCCCACCACCUCCAUCGCGAGGUUUGUCUAAUCGCACACCUCACCGACGCUAUAGCUCCGCUUCCAGUCCCUUGCAGGACAGUCAGAAAUCGCUCCGAGAAAAGCCGUCUACAUCCAAUGUUCUACGGCCUGUUCCAGCUUCGUCAACCAACACACGCUCAAUUCUCCGCAAAACAUACUACAGUGCCAUUCCUGCAAAUCCGUCUUCCAAACAUGGCCGCCAUCGCAUGCACCAUUCCUCGCAUCAACCCGAAUCGCUGGACUGGUUCAAUGUUUUAAUUGCUCAAACAAUCGCGCAGUAUCGCCAAACUGCAUACUUGCUCAAAGACUCGCCAACUUCAUCAAUCUUAAGCUCCCUUACUGCGGCUAUGAACAACCCCGAGAAGAAACCAUCCUUCAUUGAGAAGAUCAAUGUCACCGAUAUUUCACUCGGCGAAGAGUUCCCAAUCUUUAGCAAUUGCCGAAUCAUAACAGUCGAUGACCCCAAUUCCGAUGGAGGCAGGCUGCAGGCGUUGUUGGACGUCGAUUUGAGCGAUGACAAUCUAUCGAUAGCCGUAGAAACCCAGUUGGUGCUGAACUACCCCAAACCACGUUCGGCCAUUCUGCCAGUGGCUCUAUCGGUGUCCGUUGUGCGAUUCUCUGGGACACUCUGCAUCUCACUUAUUCCAGCAGCCACUGAUCCACUUCAAACCCCGUCGACCGCGCCAGCCGCGGCGCCAGACGCCACAGAUCAACCGGAUAGUACUAGACAAACCUCAGAUGCUGGCGCGACCCACGGCCAGGCGCAGCCAAAGAACAGUCCGAAGAGCAACGUUGCAUUCUCCUUCCUGCCCGAUUACCGACUUGAUCUCUCCGUGCGCUCACUGAUCGGGUCUCGCAGCAGACUGCAAGAUGUGCCGAAGGUAGCUCAGCUUGUGGAAGCGCGUGUACAUGCCUGGUUUGAGGAGCGUGUGGUCGAGCCUCGGGUGCAGGUCAUUGGACUCCCGGAUCUUUGGCCACGGAUGGGUCGUACCGGGGUGCGGACAGGCGAGGACUCCGACGCAGGCUCGGCGGCAGCACCCCGAAGUCCCGGCUCGACGGAUACUGGAUCAGCUCCUCGCUUUUCGGAUGAUCGCUCGCGAGGCUCGGAUGGAUUACGAUUCCGUGGAGGCCUAGAUGCGCGACUAGGGCUGGGGGCAGGCUCGCGAGGCAACAGUUUCAAUCUAGAUUUGAGCAGCUUGCGAAGUCCUAGUAUGACUCGGCAAGACAGCGCUGGUGCUACGCCCGAUCCGCUUGAGGUGCCUGGCGCUCUGCCAGAGGUAUGA